ACGGACCACAUCACACAGGCAGAGGCAGACCUUGCUUCUGUGAGCAACCUCAUCUGUCGAACAAACUGAAAGAGCAUCUCUACUGGGGUCCAUCAGAACAGACACCAUGGCCGAGUACGACUACGACUACGUAGACGCUGGGCUCUUCAACACUUCCAACUACAGCAGCCAGGAGCACGAACACUUCCUGCAAUUCAGCAAGUUCUUCCUGCCCUGUGUGUACGUGGUGGUGUUCAUCUGUGGGCUGGUGGGGAACUCCCUGGUGCUGGUCAUAUAUAUCUUCUACCAGAAGCUGAAGAGCCUAACGGAUGUGUUCCUGAUGAACCUGCCCUUGGCUGACCUGGUGUUCGUCUGUACUCUGCCCUUCUGGGCCUAUGCAGGCAUCCAUGAGUGGGUCUUCGGCAACAUCAUGUGCAAAACCCUGCUGGGCAUCUACACUUUGAACUUCUACACGUCCAUGCUCAUCCUCACCUGCAUCACCAUGGACCGCUUCAUCGCAGUGGUUCAGGCCACCAAGGCCUACAACCAGCAGGCCAAGCGGAUGGCCUGGGGUAAGGCCAUCUGCUUGUCCAUCUGGGUGCUUUCCCUGCUGGUUUCCUUGCCGCAGAUCAUCUAUGGCAACAUCUUUUACCUUGACAAGCCUAUCUGCGGCUAUCACAACGAGAAGAUUUUCACCAUGGUCCUGGCCAUCCAGAUGUCACUGGGGUUCUUCCUGCCACUGCUGGCCAUGAUUGUCUGCUACUCGGUCAUCAUCAAGACCCUGCUUCAGGCCCGAGGCUUCCAGAAGCACAAGUCUCUGAAGAUCAUCUUGCUGGUGGUGGCGGUGUUCCUGCUGACCCAGACGCCCUUCAACCUCGUGAAGCUCGUCCGCAGCACGAGCUGGGAGUACCAAUCCAUGACCAGCUUUCAAUACGCCAUCACAGUGACAGAGGGCAUCGCCUACCUGCGCGCCUGCCUUAAUCCUGUGCUCUAUGCCUUUGUUGGCCUGAAGUUUCGGAAGAACUUCUGGAAACUUGUGAAAGAUGCCGGCUGCCUCCCUUACCUGGGUGUCUCAAACCAAUGGAAGCGUUCGGAGGACACUUCUAGGACUGUUUCGGCCUCUCACAACGUGGAGGCCACCAGAAUGUUCCAGCUGUAG